AUGGCUCCAGCGACGGCGCUCGAAAACAUUCCUACAGAGACUGUGCAACAAAUCGCAUCCUUCCUCAAUCACAAGGACAUCGGAAGUCUCUCACUCACAUGCCGUCCACUUCGAUCAAAUUUGUAUCGUUUGUUAUGGUCCCGUAUCUCGAUCCACGGUAGUGAGCAUGAGCUAGUGUGUCAUCUGAAGACGUUCGACCCGAAAUCAACACACGGUCGUGCAACUCUUGCACUUGUCAAGAAGGCGACCAUCAUCAAGAACAUGGUGUGGCCUUGUUACCAUAUCGAUCAAUGGGACACGAUGAAACAUCCUCUCUAUCCUGCGCACAGCACUCUGAUACCACGAGCGAUCAUGCAGACGCUGCAGGCCAUGACCUCCCUUGAGUCGUUACAUCUCAGUGUUCUGGAACUCUCAGUACAGCAGAAGCGCAUGUUCCUAGGUCUCCUGGAAAAGGAAGAUGCACCGGGCAUUAAACUCCAACAUUUGACCAUUCGGGCGACAAUCAAUGUCGCGAAGCCAUUCAUUCUAAAGUGCUCGCAUGAACUAAGAUCCCUGGAUACAAAUGUUUCCAGCAGUAUGUUCAAGUCCAAAAAACUAGAGAGGCUUCGGAUACACCUUUACUACAAUCAAAUUAGUAGCCCACUCUAUCAGUAUCCAUCCCUUACCAACGAAGAAGAAUAUGGGAUGCCAUCGCUACGCAACAUCAGCAACGACUUUCCAUCCCUCAAGACUCUCAUUCUUCAUGAAACCAGGGAAUACAAUAUGUUUUCAAACAAUGCCGACCCGAACAUAAUGGCGGCCAUUAUCGCCAACACAUUGAAGAAAAGAUAUCGGCGUCUAGAACGUCUUGCCUUUACUUCUAUCUGGAUGCAAGCUUAUGACAUUAAGUUCAAUGAAACAUUUUUUCACAACUUAGUGGGACGUAUUGCUCGGGAACACCGUGUAUUGAGAGAGGUGUGUGUUCUUGUCGAGCCACCUCAGUUCUACGAAUGGAAGAGAGACCAAGGCACUACAAUCCGAAGCUUCCACGAGAUGCCUAACCGCAAUGGAUUCCCAUUUGGAGUUGAGGAGUAG